GGGAUGAGGAAGGGAGGGUUAGGAGGAGCAGAGAAACGUUAGUUGAGUGGUGUCUGGGUGGAAGGACGCUGCGAGUGAGUGACGGAGAUGGGGAGACGAGAUGAGGAGGCGGUGAGGAGGAACAGAGAAGAGGGAGAGGAGAUAAAGAGACUGAGAGACUGAGGCUGACUAAGGCGGAGUUUGGACACGUGAUCAUGAAAUCCUGACGUCACAAUGAAUUACCUGCGUCUUAUUUCCUGCUGCAGCUUCACCAGGUGACGCUCUCCACCCGACUCGGCAGGCAGUGGAGAAGGAGAUCCAGGGAAAAUAGGAGACGAUGGGGAGUAAAUUAAAGCCGGGAGGUGUUCGAAGGCACCUAAAGGAGAAGGUGGUGCAGAUGUACGAGGAUCUCUUCCAUGGCGUGGACCCAUGUAUCAACAACCCACGCUUCUGGGAGGACCUGUUUCUGCUGAAGCCCAAAAUGUCAGCCCUGGAGGGAGAGAUCAGCCGGUGCACUUCAGAUCAGCUGGUGGGACUCAAGGACAACAUCAACACUCUGUUUGCCAAGUGUGUGCAGACGCUGGCCCACGAACACAACAUUCGGGUGGUGAACGCCCUCCUGACGCUGUGCAGCUUGGUGCGUGGCCUGUACCGUAAGAUGCAGGGUGACUACGGCUUUGACUUCAUCAACAUCCUCAUCGGUUUUGAUGCAGCAGAGGAACAAAUGCAGCUACUUUUAAAUCAUUGUUCAAAUUUCCUCACUGGCGAGUACUGUGACAGCCUCAAGUCCCUCAGCCUAAAGUUCCUGCUGGUGCUGGCCACUGGUACAGACAACAUCAGCCAGAACACAGUGCUGGAGUACCUCACCAUCAACUGUAACUUUGAUGCAGUGAUCCAGCUGCUGAGUCACUCUAGCACUAGGAGCCAGCAUGGCCCUGAGGCAGUGCUGUACCUCAUGCUGAUGGUCAACUACCGCAAGCACGAAAUGACCAACCCGUACACCGUCAACAUCUCGCUGCUGGACGACGAACUCAUUCUCAACGGCUACGGACAGGUGAUCACCGCUUCCCUCGCUGACUUCAACCACAAGUACUCGGCACAUUUCAUGGAGCCUCAUGGGUCGGGCUGGUUUGCGUCCCUCACCUCCAUGGUCGGCUCCAUGUUUCUGUCGGAGGAGAUGGCCACUCGUAACGAACAUAUCAAGGCCAACGACUCUUUCCUUCUGGCAUUGUACGAGGCUGUCCAUCUAAACCGAAACUUCAUCACUGCCCUCACCACCGCUACUGACCCCUCCACCCCUCCCUCCCCGGCCAACACUCUGGAGCGAGGAAGCACCCCGCCAGCCCCAGACUCCACUGAGACACCCAGCCCCGCUACUCCUGUGGAAAUUGAGACUUGUGUUCAGCCCACUAACCUCCUUGUCACUUUCCUGGAGUAUUGCUCCAUCGUGAUGCAGGACACCAAGACAGAAGAGAGUCUGAGCAAUGUCAAGCUUUGUUUCAUCAUCAUCACCUGCAUCGCUGAGGACCAGUACUGCAACCUGCUGCUGCACGAUGCCAACCUAGUGUUCACCGUGCCCCUCCACCGCCUACCCAUGAGGCACCGCAAGGUGGUGCCGGAGAGGACCACUCAUGCCCGCCCUCUGGCCUGUGCUGUGCUGGAUGUGAUGGUGGAAUUCAUGAUGUCACACAUGAUGAAGAAGCUUCCCAUCGAGUUGUUCCUCCUCAACGUCGGCAUCACACACCGCCUGCUGUGCUACCAGAAGAGGAACUCGGUGCGGCUUCCGUACAACUGGAAGGACUUGUGGGCUGCCCUCAUAGCACUGGCAAAGUUCCUGGUCACCAACGAGGCGUAUCUGGCAAAGAAGAUGAACAUUUUCCAAUUAGCUAAUCAAGUCAUGAAUAUCUUCAACUUGUUCAUCACCUAUGGAGACACUUUCCUGUCCACACCCUCAAGCUACGAUGAACUCUACUAUGAGAUCAUGCGCAUGCAUCAGGUCUUUGAAAACAUGUACUUAAUGAGCCUGAGGUACUCCAGAACAGAUGGUGACUACAAGGAGAGUGCACAGAAACUGACAAACUCCCUGGGCAACAUCAGGUCAAUCAUCAAUCACUUCACUCCUAAGCUGGAGAAGUGGAGUCAGGAGCACAGCAUCUCCACCCUCACAGAAGAACAGGUCCUUGAGGUGGUGCGGAACAACUAUGACAGCCUGACCCUCAAGCUGCACGACAGUCUGGACCAGUAUGAGAAGUAUGCCGAGAAGCCCCAGCAUGCCAACUUCUUUGCAAACAUGGUGAGAAGCAUCCUCAGCGACACAAGGCAGAGCAUAGACUUCAGUGCGUUUGAGAACCUCUCCAUCCUUCAGGAGCUGAGUACAUCCACGUGAGGGAAGGUCCUCAGGAAGGUCUGCCAGCUUUUUCUUGCCACAUGCAGGUUAUUACCCUGGACAGGGGAACAUUAUGAACAUUAAUGAGUGCAUUGUAUGUUGUGGAUCAAUUCUGUGGUCUUGUGUGUCAUGUGUAGAUGGAAGUUGCUCAAAGGAUAGUAGGUGUGGUUUGAUUAGUAUACUGUGGUGUGACAUUAGGUGGAAACUAUAUUUUCUGAUCUAUGAAAGUAAUACCUAUGUCUCCACUCUCAUGGCCUGAUAACUUAUAACUAUACAUAAACUGUGCUUUCAUAUUAAAUUUGUACGGUAUUUACUGUUUGUAAUGGGUAAACCAAAUCUAAUUUUAUGAAGUGAGUAGUUAGAUGAUCAACAGGUGUAUAGAGUAUCAGUAGUAGCUAGAGUGGCCUGCACACUUACCUGAUACACAAGUCAACCUGAGUUCAGUCCUGUCUCUCUGGGAUGGCAGCAUUCCAAAGCUCCUGGUAAAAUGGCAGCAAGUAGGUACAGAACCUGGAAGCCAAAUGUAAUGAAUGGAUCAGGUGUUCCAGGCAACACCCACAGACUCCCAUGCAAAUGCUAGACACUGAACUUUACAUCACAAUCACCUUUACCUUUUCCACACAUACACAGCCUUCCCCAGUCUGUCCAAAGGAAGUGUAAGGAUCUGCACUUUCUAUUCACUAAUGAAGAGGACAUCCUUCAUCAUACUAUAAUGAACUAUAAAUUAUUUGUUUUGGGCAUUCAUAGCCAAUACUUCAGAAUGUUUCAGACAGGUUUACAUGAACUUGAACUGCGAGUUGUUUUAUGGCAGUUUUUUUUAGCAAGUUGUGAUAAAGAAGUGACAUGGACUGUCCUUCUCCGUGAGGUAGGAUGUGACGUCUCAUUGUGGUGUGUCCUUCACUGCUGAGGAUUCAUGUGAGCCAGAUCUCAGUGAUGUAUGUGAUUUCUAGUUGGACUAAUUAUGAAAUUAUAUCCAAAGAUGUAAUUUAUUUUGGAUUUUCUGCUGUGGUUUAAUUACCAGAAUCGUUACAUUUAAUAUCUGGAAAACUUAAUGCUAAUACAAAAAGGCAUAUUCUUCUCAUAUUACUCUGAAGCACCACAGAGAAAAGAAAAUCACUAAAUAACCAAUAUGAAGCACCAUCAGUGUAAAUAAUCAAUACAAAAUACCAUCAAUCUCCACACUGUAUUAAGUGCUGCAUCAUUCUUACUGUAGCACUCGCCUCCACCACAACAGUUAGGAGAAUCAUGAAAACCUGAAUAUGAGAGGGAAAGGCAGGGCCAGGCAGGGCACUGAACACCUGUCAUGACAUUAAAAAAAAUCCUGACAGUGUUGCCCAUCAGACCAGUGAAUCUUAAUCAGCCACAGUGCCAAGUGUUCUUACCAAACCUGCAAGGAAUCCAUACACUGGUGGGAAUCUGGCAUUAGUGAAUCCACACCAUAAAGUCAGAUGGAGAAAGUUUAUGCGAGUCUUGCAUGAUAAAAGCAAUGAUGAUUUUUUUUUGCUUCCUAAACUUAAGUUGCUUCUCAUUGUUCCUGUCACGACCAUCCAUGCUUAGCUCAUGUGAUUACACCUCACAUCAUCGCCAUUCAUCAGUAGUAUGUAUGUACCACGUCAUCACCAUCCCUCUAUAAGCAUCACUAGUCCCAUCACCAUUGUCACCUCACCACCAUCAUCAUUCCUCCUCUGAAAGUUUUUAGUCAUGUUUAGGAAAUACUUUCAGGGUAAAGAUGCCAAAAGAAUCUGGCUUCAUUCAUUCCUUACAAAUCUUCUCGCCCGUGUCCUCAAUUUCUAAGGUAUGCAUAUCAUUCCCUCACCAAUACAUCCCUUGUUGCUGUAAUUUAGCUAUGGCUCCUCCUCACGGUUUAUUUAAUGCACUCGUCUUAAAUUUUCAAGCACUGUGUGAAUUUUAAUACUUGAUUGUAAUCCAUUUUACUUUUGUUUUAUUCCUAUAGUGAGGCAAGAUUAGUUAUGUCAUGUCUUGGAUAUCCCAGUAUGAUACAUUAUUAUUUUUAUUUUUAUUAUUAUUAUUAUUAUUAUUAUUAUUAUUACAUCCUUUAACCUGCAGUUCUGUACUCUUUUUGAGGUGAAUGAAGGUCUGAGGGUCUUAAUAAUUGCAGGUUGGUUGCAUGUUGUUUACAUUAGAGCCGAAUCCUUAUCAGCCAUAUGAGGUACACUUGUUAUUAUUAUUAUUAUGAUUGUUAUUAUUGUUAUUACUUAAGCUAUUGUUUUAAAGCUUUGCCGUGCGUGGCGAGGCAGUGUUGUCAGCCAUUCUUAGCAGCAUCAGUGUGUUCAUAACAUUCUGCCGGCUGUGUAUCCUCGUGUCUAAGAGGAAGCCAUUACAUAACUAUUACUAACAUUUAGUAGAGAUCCUUAGUAUUAUCUUCCUGUACAUAUUUUCUUCGUUAUCUAUUACACAAACCUUGAUGUGUAUGAAAAAAUCUUGCUGUUAACAAGAUUAUUUCCUUGUUAAGGAAGAAAUUCUUUUUGUUAUACACAGUCAUCAGCCUCCAACUCUCCUCAUCAACAAGAGUUACUGGUGCAUUUGUCUGUCUUAUUAUAAGUAAAACUGGUAGGAAUCAUUAUUACCUUAAGAAUCAUUUGUGUUUCUGACAUUUAGGUACAAAGGAAUUGCCGAUGUAAAAUUACAAGCAAAUAUAUUUUUGGUAGCUUAUUUCAUACUUGGCUUCUUUUUAAUUUCCAUUUUGAUUACCAAAGUCUCAGCAGUGAUAAGAGAGUUGGCAGGCUUACCUUAUGUACAUCAAAACCAAUAAACUGAUAAAUCAAA